AUGUCCAAACCAUUCUUCAUUUAUGCACCGUAUUAUCGCGAUGAAGGAUUGCUGCAAAGACGCAGCGAAGUCAGGCCAGUACACUUGGAACACAUGACUCGACUGAUUAACUCCGGUAUUCUCAGGGUGGGCGGGGUUCUGACUGACCCCGAGACGGAUGGAAACCUCGCAUUGCACGCACUUGCGUCUUCAAUGAUUGUGAUGUACGAUUCUCUUAGCGAGGCGAAAGCAAUGCUGGAGUCUGAUGUCUUCUGGACCGCCAACGUGUGGGAUAAGGAGAAGCUUGUAGUGUUGCCCAUAACCCCCGCUGUCCCCCUACCCUAA